AUGUCUGUAGCGUUUGCUGCGCGAGGCAAUCGUCCUCCUUUAAGCCCGGCACAAAUACAGAAAAUGUUAGAUGAAAACGCUCAUCUAAUUCAAACCAUUCAAGAAUAUCAAGCGAAGGGACAGCUAAUGGAAUGUCAUCAAUAUCAACAAGUAUUACACAGGAAUUUAGUGUAUUUAGCUUCUGUGGCAGAUGCUAAUCAAAACAUACAAAGCCUUCUACCACCCCCUCAUCAAUUAGCUGCUGGGAAUGUGGCUCAGGCACCACCUAUUAAUUCACCUUCUCCAAGUGGUGGUGAUGUAUCUGGCAAUGCUCAACAAUCAUAUAGACCAACAGGUGUUUCAACCACGCCCACAAGACCAACUCAGUCUUAUGGACAAAGACCAUACCCUCAGAACCAAUAUCAGGGACAAUAUCAAGGAGCACCAGGUGUUUAUCCUCCGCAACCAGGAUAUGGACCUCCUGGCCAAGGGUAUGGUCCACCCAAUCCUCCUCAACAACCACAAGGUUAUCCUCCUAACUCUAACUAUGGACCACCUAUAACAACCACUCCAAGUAACUAUCCUCCAUCUACUCACCCUGGACCAGGAUAUCCUCCAUCGUCUGCACAGCAGCCCUAUGCUCCACCUCCUGGCAGUCCAGCUGCCGCAGGUACGCCUUAUCAAGUCAGAGGAGCAGCUCAACCUGCUUACACUGGAAAUUCUGUUUAUCCACCAUCACAAGGUGGUUCUACUUACCCAAAUGUUGGGGUCAGUACCUAUAACAAUUCAACUGGUUCCCAGCCUCAACCAUAUCAGUCACAACCUUUCCCUAAUACCACUCCUACAUCAGCAUACAGUUCAACUCCUACUUCGCAGCCAAAUCGCUCACCUCAACCACCUAGCGGUUAUUCAUCUCAGAAUCCUCCAAGUUCAGGAUAUGGGUCUCCUUCUGCUCAAUCUCCUACUUACAACUCUAGUUCCCACGGAAAUAAUGCUCCUCCUUCAACAGUUGCUUCUGGAGCUAGUUCAACAAGUGGUCCUCCAGGUCAACAAUAUCCUCCUCCUGGACAAGCUUCGCCUUACCCACCAGCUACACAGCCGCCAUAUUCUAAUCCAUCAUCACAACCAGGAAGCCCUGCACCAUCUGUAUCAACAGCCCCACCUCCACAAUCAAAUUAUCCUCAAAAUCCCCAGAACUAUCCUCCAGCUGGAGGGGGUUACCCACCUCAUGCAUAUCAACAGGGUUAUCCCCCAGCCCAGUAUCCACCCUCACCCUACCCCUAUGCUCGUGCACCAACACCUGGAGCGCCACCACCUGGUGCUCCUCAACCAUACCCUGGUUAUGGGUUCCAACCUCCUACCCAACAGUAA